AUGGAUAGUAAGUUUAUAAAUCCACCGAAGUAUCAUAAUGACUAUAGAACAUGGAAGCAGGAAAUCGAGCUGUGGACGAAGGUUACAGGUUUGGCCAAGGCAAAGCAAGGCAUUGCGGUUUGUUUAACGCUUGAUGGCAAAGCAAAAGAAGUUGGAUUAGAAUUAGGAGACGAUCUCGGCGGCGAAGACGGACUUGGUUAUUUGUUAAGAAAGCUUGAUACGUUAUUUCUCAAGGCCACUACGGAAAGUGAUUACAAGGCGUAUAAAAAUUUUGAUACUGUUAGAAAAAAACCUAGUACAAGUAUGGCAGAAUACAUUGUGGACUUUGAUUCACUUUACACCAAGAUUAAAAAGAGAGAGAUGGCUUUACCAGAAGCUGUUCUUGCCUUUAAACUAUUGGACGGGGCAGGCUUGACAGAAAAUCAACGACAAUUAGCACUAACUGCUUGUUCUGACCUGAAAUAUGAAAGCAUGAAGUCUACACUAAAAAGAAUUUUUGGUGGUGCAUUGUCAGACAGUGCCAGCGGUGUGACAGGAGAUGAAGCAAUCUCGAUGAAACAAGAAGCAAUGUAUUCAGCAAGCAAUAGAUCCCAAGUUAGAACAUCUCUGAUAAAAGAUAGAUCUAAUCGUAAAACAAAUCCGUUAAACCGAUUUGGUCAACCAACUAGAUGUAGAAUUUGUCAGUCAAUUUUUCACUAUGCUACAAACUGCCCUGACAAAAGUGAGAGAGUUCAUUUAUCAGAGGAUGUACCACCAUCUGAAGAAGGCGUGGAAUCAGUAAAUAUCACAUUGUUGACCCAAAGUGAGAUAUUGAUAGCGGAGUCAUAUGGCACUGCGAUUCUUGAUACAGCUUGCACAAAAACUGUCAGUGGAAAGUCGUGGAUACAGAACUUUGUUGAGAAGGCUGGUAAAGUGUUAUCAACUCAGAAAAGUCAUAGACCUUCCAAGUUUGGUCAUGGAUCAUUAAUAUACUCUGACAAAGUAGUUACAAUUGCAGCAAAAAUUGGGAAAACAAAUUGCAAAAUAAAAGUGGAGGUGGUACCGAUUGAACUGCCCUUACUGUUAAGCAAAGAGUCGCUAAAACGAGCUGGGGCAGAAUUAGAUAUACCUAAUGAUGAAGCGAUCCUGUUUGGUGAAAAACUAAAACUAGAACUGACUUCAUCUGGUCACUAUUGUGUUAGUAUAAUGGGAAAUCAAAACAAAGAUGAAGUUGAAGAUGUUAUGUAUUCGAAGACAACGUUUCAAGGUAUGAAUGAUGCUGAAAAACGGAAGAAACUCUUAAAACUACAUUAUCAAUUUGGACAUGCCAGUGCAAUGAAACUUAUUCAAUUACUUAAAUCAGCAGAUAUUAAGGAUGAACAAUUAUUUAUUAUCCUACAGGAAGUAGUGGAUGGAUGCGACACAUGUCAGAAGUUCAAGAAAUCUCCUGCAAGACCAGUAGUUGGUUUACCUCGAGCCAGUGACUUCAAUGAGACUGUUGCUGUUGACCUUCAUCAAUUGGGAAGUAAUAUAUGGUAUUUACAUAUAAUAGAUGAAUUUAGUAGAUUAAGUAAUGCAUGCAUAGUAUACAACAAAGAACCUGAAACAUUUAUUGAAAUGUUCAUUAAGCAUUGGGUUUCUGUUUAUGGGGCUCCCAAAAGAUUAGUUAGUGAUAAUGGGGGUGAAUUUAACAAUCAUUUAGUAAGAGAUAUGUGUGAAAAUUUUGGCAUUGAAGUUAUAACAACUCCUGCAUAUAGUCCAUGGAGUAAUGGUACAUGUGAGAGACAUAACUUGAUAUUAACUGAAAUAUUAGUUAAGCUUAGGGAAAGCCAUGCCUAUGACUGGGAAAUAUCCCUCUGUUGGGCAGUUGCUGCCAAGAAUGCUUUAAAUAAUGUUAAUGGGUUUAGCCCAUACCAAAUAGUCUUUGGCAGAAAUCCCAAUUUGCCUUCUGCUUUUAGUGACAAGCUACCUGCACUUGAGGGGCAAACAACUUCUGAUAAUGUUGCUUCACACAUUAAUGCAAUGUAUGCUGCCAGAGAAGAAUUUGUUAAGGCUGAACGGUCUGAGAAAAUAAGGAGAGCAUUGCGUAAGAAUACCAGAAAUACUGAUGAGGUAUAUAAGUCUGGUAACAAAGUAUAUUAUAAAAGACCGGAUGAAACAAAAUGGAAGGGGCCUGGUGUUGUUAUUCGAGUAGAAGGGCCAGUUGUGUUUGUGAGACAUGGUGGGUCUCUAGUGAGAGUUCACAGAUGCAGGCUACAAAAAGUGUGUAGUGAUAAUAAAGUAGUUUCUAGUGGUAAUACUGAAGCUGUGAGUUCACCUAGAUCUUCAGUUGAUGAAGUUGAAAACACUUCAAAUGAUUCUUGCAAGUUGAAUUGUGACACAUCUGCAGAGACAGGGUCUCUUAGCGAAAUCUCUGCAAUUGCUGAACUACAUAAAUUUGACUUGCUGCCUUCUCUGAAACUUGGCUAAACUCCACUAUCUCAAACGAGUCAAUCUUAAUGUCAGGGUUUAGUGCUCCACUAAGAAAAGAUCGAAAUUCAUCUCGCGGUGGAGGUGUUUCUCUGUACGUCGCGGAUCACUUGCCGUUCGUCAGACGACUUGAUUUAGAAUCUCCAUUUAUCGAGUUGUUAUGGGCUGAAAUAGCUGUCAAUCGAGUGAAAAUACUUUGCGGAGUGUGUUAUAGGCCUCCUAGCCAAACCUCUGAUCAAUUAGAUUUAUUUGUAAAUUAUUUACAGGCCAGUCUCGACUCUAUUAAUAUGUCAAAUAAUUUUUCCACUAUCAUAAUUUUAGGUGACUUUAAUGCCCAUUUUGAUUUCGCCAGUGCUGCGUCACUUAAUACUGAUGUCGGUGUCAAGCUAUAUAAUUUUUUGGUAGGUAAUAACUUAUUUCAAUUAAUUGAAGAACCUACUUGUGUUACAUUGACCGGGGAAACUAUUCUUGAUUUAAUCAUUACGGAUUCUCUUGGCUAUUUUACUGGAACUUUGAGUCCUCCCUCCAAUUGUUAUCACAAUAUUGUUUAUGCUAACUUGAAUAUCUCUUCAAGAAAACAAUGAUCAUUUAAAAGAACUGUUCGUAAUUAUAAAAAUGCGAAUGUUAAUGCCCUCAAUGCGGCACUAUUAAAUGCUAAUUGGGGAGAUGUUUUUUCUAAUCAGUCAGAUUCUAUUGAUGUUGUUUAAUUUAUUUAAAUCAAUUCUUGAUGCCUAUAUUCCCUCUAGGGAAAUUACUCUUCGGCCCAAAGACAAGCCCUGGAUGAAUGGCUCAAUUCAUCCAAAUAUUCAAAGAUGUGAUCGUUUUCUUAAACGUUUUACAAACAUUAAAAGUGCAUUGUCUCGGGAACUUACCGCACUCAACGAAAUCUCGUUGUUAAAUUAAUUAGGAAAGCGAAAAUGGAACACCGACGUAAAAUAAAUACUUUACUAGCGGAUCCAUCAACAUCAACCAAAAAGUGGUGGGGCAUUUCAAAAUCUUUGUAUGGUAACAAGUGCUGUUACUCGUUACCUGAUUUAAUUGACAACAACAUCGUCAUUUCAGAUUCACAACACAAGGCUCAGGUUUUUAAUGAUUAUUUCGUUGGCCAAACAAUUAUGCCUGAUACUGCGGAUAUUUCCUCAUUACCUAGUUCACCUCAUAAUUUAUCAAUUAUUGUUGUUAAUGAAUAUCAAGUGUUAAAUAUUUUAUAUAACUUAGACAUUUCUAAAGCAUGCGGUUUUGACAAUAUUAGCAACAAAGCACUCAAGUCUUGUGCUGGUGGUAUUUUUAAAUCUUUUACUUUGCUUUUAUAUAUUUAUCACUUUUGUUAGGACAAUAUCCCAGUUGUUGGAAAAUUGCAAAUGUUAUACCCAUUUUUAAAAGAGAAUCGGCAAAUGAAAACGAAUUAUCGUCCAGUUAACUUGUUAGUUAGUUUAUCCAAAGUAUGUGAAAAAGAUGUCUUUUUAGACGUGUAUAAUUUUCUUAAUAAUACAGGUUUUUCCUAUCGUUUUCAGUCAGGUUUUUGACCAGGUGAUUCCACAGUUAUGCAAUUCAUUUUUGUUGUUAAUAAAAUUUAUCAAGCAUUAGGAAAAGGUAAUGAAGUACGUGCAGUAUUUCUUGAUAUUUCCAAGGCAUUUGACAAGGUUUGGCACAAAGGUUUAUUAACCAAACUUAAAAGUAUUGGCAUAAAUGGCCCCUUACUUCAAUGGUUGGAAAGUUAUUUGACUGAAAGAUAUCAAAGAGUAACCAUUGAGGCAACGAGCUCUGACUGGGCACGUAUUGAAGCCGGAGUACCCCAAGGAUCUGUUGUUGGACCAUUGUUAUUUCUGAUUUAUAUCAACGACAUAGCUGAUGUUUCUUCCACUUGUUUUCUUUUCGCUGAUGAUUCCUUACUAUUAGAUGAAGUCAUAUCGCUGAUUGACACAGCUAACAAGCUAAAUAACAAUCUUGAUUCUAUAUCAAUGUGGGCUGAUCGAUGGCUGGUGACCAUGAAUGCUAACAAGACAAAAACAUGA